CCCAGGGUGCACCGCGGCGCUUCCUUUCUUCUCGGUGCUGUAUUCCAAAAUGUCGCUCCUAGAUGGUCCGCUAAACGUGCUCGGCCAGAGAACCACUGGCGAGUCUGUUCGCACACAAAAUGUCAUGGCCGCAGCUUCCAUCGCGAACAUCGUCAAGAGCUCGCUGGGACCGGUCGGUCUGGACAAGAUGCUGGUGGACGACAUCGGGGACGUGACCAUCACCAACGAUGGAGCAACCAUCCUGAAGCUGCUGGAGGUUGAGCAUCCUGCUGCCAAGGUCCUGUGUGAACUAGCCGAUCUGCAGGACAAGGAGGUCGGAGAUGGGACCACGUCUGUGGUAAUUCUUGCUGCAGAGUUCCUGAAGAGUGCUGAUGAGCUGGUGAAGCAGAAGAUUCAUCCCACAUCAGUCAUCAGUGGAUAUCGUCUGGCUUGCAAAGAAGCAGUGCGCUACAUUAAUGAGAAUCUAACAAUUGGAACAGAUGACCUGGGGAGAGAGUGCUUAAUCAAUGCAGCAAAGACCUCCAUGUCUUCCAAAAUCAUUGGCUGUGAUGCAGAGUUCUUUGCAAACAUGGUCGUGGACGCUGCCAUGGCUGUGAAGUUUGUAGAUAGCAAGGGAGUAGCCAAAUAUCCCAUCAACUCUGUGAAUGUGCUCAAAGCUCACGGACGCAGCCAGAAGGAGAGUUUCUUGGUCAACGGCUAUGCACUGAACUGCACAGUUGGCUCACAGGCAAUGGUGAAGCGUCUCCUAAAUGCUAAGAUUGCUUGCCUGGACUUCAGCCUACAGAAGACCAAGAUGAAGAUGGGAGUCCAAGUCAUCAUCAAUGACCCAGAGAAGCUUGACCAGAUCAGACAAAGGGAAUCUGAUAUCACCAAGGAGAGGAUCCAGAAGAUUUUGGCAGCAGGAGCAAAUGUCAUACUGACCACUGGUGGCAUCGAUGACAUGUGUCUUAAGUACUUUCUUGAUAGCGGAGCAAUGGCAGUCAGAAGGGUUCUCAAGAAGGACCUCAAACGCAUCGCCAAGGCAACAGGAGCGACCCUCUGCCCUUCACUGUCCAAUCUGGAAGGAGAAGAAACAUUUGAGGCCACCAUGCUCGGCCAGGCCGAGGAGGUUGUGCAGGAGCAGGUCUGUGAUGACGAGCUCAUCCUUAUCAAGAAUACCAAAGCACGUACAUCGGCCUCCAUCGUGCUGCGUGGCGCUAAUGACUUCAUGUGCGACGAGAUGGAACGCUCGCUGCAUGAUGCGCUGUGUGUGGUCAAGAGGGUGCUUGAGUCCAAGUCUGUAGUACCUGGAGGAGGCGCCGUGGAGGCGGCGCUGUCUAUUUACCUGGAGAACUAUGCUACCAGCAUGGGUUCCAGGGAGCAGCUGGCCAUUGCUGAGUUUGCUCGGUCACUUCUCGUCAUCCCCAAGACCCUCUCUGUGAAUGCAGCGCAGGACUCCACGGACCUGGUGGCCAAGCUUCGGGCGUUCCACAACGAGGCUCAGGUCAACCCCGAACGCAAGAAUCUCAAGUGGAUUGGUCUGGACUUGGUGAAUGGCAAACCCAGAGACAACCGUCAGGCUGGUGUGUACGAACCCACCAUGGUCAAGACAAAAAGCCUCAAGUUUGCGACAGAGGCUGCAAUCACCAUCCUUCGUAUCGAUGACCUCAUCAAACUGUUCCCAGAGCCGAAAGAGGGCGGGCAUUCCUACAAGGAUGCUGUGGAGUCUGGAUCUCUGCAUGGUUAAAAUGCUCAUUUGUCCCAAUAGGUCCAACAUUUGUAUUUAUAACAAGGUCUUUGUGGCUGUUGCGCUAGUGUAGGCCGUGCACUUUGCCUGUUUACUGCUCUCCCACUCCCUCCUGAUAGGGGUUCUUGCUUCCAAAGGAACUGUAUUUGUUUUUUUUUCCCUGUUUUUGGACAAAUAAAGCUCCAAUGGCUUCAAA